UUAUGCGUAUAAGGAUGUCACAAUGCCAUCAGAUGCUGCUAUUGUGAGUGGUGGUAGAGGCUAAAGGAAAAGAGGAGCGAUAAAGGCAUGUGGAAGAAUGGGGAUUUAUUUUAUUAUUGCAAAGCCACCAACUUGUAACUGAAGAGGUUCAUGGAAUCCUCCGCAGCACUCAGUUCAGUGGCAACAAUUCACUGCGAGAGAGGUGACAAAACUGCCUGUGGUUGCCACUGGCUGGCAGUUCUGCAGCCCUAGGCUCCUGCUGAAGCACACAGCUCUUCUUUUGCUCCGGGCAUUGGCAGCUGAAGAAGGCUUGUGCUUCAGAAGGAGACAAAUAACAAAAUGAACAAUCCGGCUAUUAAGAGAAUAACAAAUGAAAUUAUCAAAUCACCUGAGGAUAAACGAGAAUAUCGUGGACUGGAACUGGCAAAUGGCAUUAAAGCGCUUCUCAUUAGUGACCCCACCACAGAUAAGUCUUCGGCAGCACUAGAUGUGCACAUAGGGUCCUUGUCUGAUCCCCCCAACAUUGCUGGGCUUAGUCAUUUUUGUGAGCAUAUGCUGUUCCUGGGAACCAAGAAAUACCCAAAAGAGAACGAGUAUAGUCAAUUUCUUAGUGAGCAUGCAGGAAGCUCCAAUGCCUUCACCAGUGGAGAGCAUACCAACUAUUACUUUGAUGUGUCACACGAGCAUCUAGAAGGUGCACUGGACAGGUUUGCCCAGUUUUUCCUGUGCCCUUUGUUUGAUGAAAGCUGCAAAGAUAGGGAAGUGAAUGCUGUUGAUUCUGAGCAUGAAAAGAAUCUGAUGAAUGAUGCCUGGAGGUUGUUUCAGUUGGAGAAGGCUACUGGAAACCCCAAUCAUCCCUUCAGUAAAUUUGGAACAGGGAACAAACUCACUCUGGAAACUAGACCAACCAAGGAAGGAAUAGAUGUAAGACAAGAGUUAUUGAAGUUCCAUUCUACUUAUUAUUCAUCAAAUUUAAUGGCUAUUUGUGUCUUAGGAAGAGAAUCUUUGGAUGAGCUAACUUCCUUAGUGGUGAAGUUAUUUUCAGAAGUAGAGAAUAAAAAUGUCCCUAUACCAGAGUUUCCUGAACAUCCUUUCCAAGAAGAACAUCUCCGGCAACUUUACAAAGUGGUACCUAUUAAAGACAUCAGAAAUCUUUAUGUCACAUUUCCUAUACCAGACCUUCAGAAGUACUAUAAAUCAAAUCCUGGCCAUUACCUUGGUCAUCUGAUUGGGCAUGAAGGCCCAGGGAGUCUUUUAUCAGAGCUUAAAGCCAAAGGAUGGGUAUAUACUCUUGUUGGAGGACAGAAGGAAGGUGCUAGAGGUUUCAUGUUUUUCAUCAUUAAUGUGGAUUUGACAGAGGAAGGACUUUUGCAUGUUGAAGAUAUUAUUUUACACAUGUUUCAAUAUAUUCAAAAACUACGUACAGAAGGACCUCAAGAAUGGGUUUUCCAAGAGUGCAAGGAUCUAAAUGCUGUGGCAUUCAGAUUUAAAGAUAAAGAACGACCACGAGGUUAUACAUCAAAGCUUGGAGGGAUGUUGCAUUAUUAUCCUAUAGAAGAAGUAUUGGCUGCUGAGUAUUUGCUUGAAGAAUUCAGGCCUGAUUUAAUAGAGAUGGUACUGGAUAAAUUGAGACCAGAAAACAUUCGAGUUGCAAUAGUGUCCAAGUCUUUUGAAGGAAAAACCGACCGAACAGAAGACUGGUAUGGAACACAAUACAAGCAAGAAGCAAUUUCUGAUGAAGUUAUUAAGAAAUGGCAAAAUGCUGAUCUGAAUGGGAAAUUCAAGCUUCCAAUGAAGAAUGAGUUCAUUCCUACUAACUUUGAGAUUUUGCCAUUGGAAAAAGAUGCGACACAGUACCCUGCCCUUGUCAAGGACACUGCUAUGAGCAAACUGUGGUUCAAGCAAGAUGACAAAUUUUUUUUGCCAAAAGCUUGUCUCAACUUUGAGUUUUUCAGCCCAUUUGCUUACGUGGAUCCCUUGCAUUGUAACAUGGCCUAUUUGUACCUUGAACUACUCAAAGACUCCCUCAACGAGUAUGCAUAUGCAGCAGAACUAGCUGGCUUGAACUAUGAUCUCCAAAAUACCAUCUAUGGGAUGUAUCUCUCUGUAAAAGGUUAUAAUGACAAGCAACAUAUCUUGCUCAAGAAGAUCAUAGAGAAAAUGGCUACUUUUGAGAUCGAUGAAAAAAGAUUUGAAAUUAUCAAGGAAGCGUAUAUGAGAUCGCUUAACAACUUCAGGGCUGAACAGCCUCACCAGCAUGCGAUGUAUUAUCUCAGACUCCUGAUGACAGAAGUUGCUUGGACCAAAGAUGAAUUAAAAGAAGCUCUUGAUGAUGUCACUCUUCCCCGCCUCAAGGCCUUUAUAUCUCAGUUGUUGUCACGGUUACACAUCGAAGCUCUUCUCCAUGGCAAUAUAACAAAACAGGCUGCAUUAGGAAUUAUGCAGAUGGUUGAGGACACUCUCAUAGAGCAUGCUCAUACAAAGCCACUGCUUCCCAGUCAACUAGUGAGAUACAGGGAAGUGCAACUUCCUGACAAAGGGUGGUUUGUAUAUCAACAGAGAAAUGAAGUUCAUAACAAUUGUGGCAUUGAAAUAUAUUACCAGACAGAUAUGCAGAGCACUUCUGAGAAUAUGUUUUUGGAGCUCUUUUGUCAAAUUAUCUCAGAACCAUGCUUCAAUACUCUGCGCACCAAGGAACAAUUAGGUUACAUUGUGUUCAGUGGUCCGCGUCGGGCAAAUGGCAUACAAGGACUGCGAUUUAUUAUCCAAUCUGAAAAGCCACCACACUAUUUAGAAAGCAGAGUGGAAGCAUUCUUAAAGACUAUGGAGAAAUGUAUAGAAGAUAUGACAGAAGAGGCCUUCCAAAAACACAUCCAAGCUUUAGCAAUUCGUCGUCUAGACAAACCAAAGAAGCUGUCUGCAGAAUGUGCUAAAUAUUGGGGAGAAAUAAUUUCUCAGCAGUAUAACUUUGACAGAGAUAACAUUGAAGUGGCUUAUCUAAAGACCUUGACCAAGGAUGAUAUCAUACAGUUCUACAAGGUGCUGUUGGCAAUAGAUGCUCCCAGAAGACACAAGGUAUCGGUACAUGUCCUUGCAAGGGAAAUGGAUUCAUGCCCUGUUGUUGGAGAGUUUCCAUGCCAAAAUGAUGUGAACCUGGCACCAGCACCACCGCUACCACAGCCAAGUGUGAUUGAAAAUAUGACAGAGUUCAAGCGCAGUCUGCCACUCUUUCCCCUGGUGAAACCACAUAUCAAUUUCAUGGCUGCAAAACUGUGAAGAACCCCAAUGGAUGAAGAAAUGCAAAUGAUCAGUACUGACAUGGUUUCAGGGGACUUCAUGAUGAACAAAAUUAUCAAAGACCAUUAGAACAAAUGGUUUUGUGCAUUAUGAAAGUCCCAAAUUCCUUCUUGGUUCAUUUGACAUUAGACGUGUGUUAGGGAUAGAGAGUAUAGAAAAAUCAGUUGUGGUCAUGUGUCAUUUAUAUUACAGACAACCUGUUGGAAACCAAAAUCAACUGAAACAAUAACAAUAAAAAAAUCUUGUAGAUGCAGUAUAUUUUUGAAAUAGAAUACCCCUUCAAAUUUUCAUUUUGGUAAAAUAAGCCUCUGGAGCAAACAAUUGCUUGAAAUACCCAUAUUGUUCCUGAAAAACACCAUUUAAUAGCCCGAUAAUAAUCUUAUUGGGGACUGGAGGGGGGUGAGAAGGAGGUUCUUUUUUUGGGAUGGGGUCAACAAUUUUUCUUAAAAGUAGAGAGUGUCACAUUUUUUUGAAGUGAUGUGUUGAAUGAGACUUUAAAAAUUGAUCCUUAAUGCAACCAACAUAUUUUCUAUUUAAUUUUUGUGAAAACUGGUGGAAAAAAAAAAGGGGGGGGGAAUUUGACAACACAGUAAUAAAUAACUGAAGAUACGAGCAUGAUUUUAAUCUUUCUAUACAAAUUUGGGGACAUUUUAUAUUCAAAGUUGUGAAAUGCUGGAAACACUUUUAUAGUACAACUUACUUUUUUUUAACAAAAGUGUUGUCCUAGUCUCUUGGUACUACUGUCAACAUCCUGUUCAGUUCUUUAGUGUUAUUCUGAAUUGUUUCCAUAUGGUAUAUGAAAUACUUUGUUGUCAUUUUUUUUGUUUUCAGUUGCACAUAGACUACAUGAGUUCUCCAACAGUACGUUUUGCCUUACUUGUUAUACUAGGUCUCAGUCCAGCAAAGUACUGCUACUGCAACUAACUUUAAGCAUGCAUUAAUUAGUUCUUGACUCAAGAACAGAUGAAUAUCAAAGAUGGGCCCUAUAAUGAACCAGAUGCGUCGCUUUUAUGAUACAUCUGUGUGGGUCCUUUUUGCCCUUUCAAGAAGGCAUUGAAGAGUGCAGUGCUGGCUGAACAGUACAGGGUUAGCAGUACUGCUGCACCACAGUGUGUGGUUCAGGUUACAUCACAAAAUGUUCCUUCCUACUUUUAAGAAGGCUCUGCAAAACCCAGAAGGAUCAAGAAUUAUGCUGAGAUACUGUAUAUAUAUCCCAUAACUUAGUGAAAUGUCAAAACAAUACAUAGUGUCUAAUCUUCACCAAGUCUACUGAAUUGCAGAGUGGUCUUCCACUUGAGACAGUGUAUCAAGGAUAAACUCCCUAAAUAGAAAAAGAUAAGAGAGCAUCUUACUAAGUUCUCUUAUGUGUUUAAUGCAUAAAAUUGAUUGUAACUAUUCAGACAGGAUAGAGUAUGCAAAGCACUGAAGAUAGAAAAUCUGCUCAUAUAAGCCCUUGCUGUUGGGUGUUACUGAGAGUUGCUUCCUAUUAGAAGAACCUAAAACUAAGGCACUGAUGUGAAAUGUAUGUUGUGUUAUGUAUGCAUCAGAAUCCUGGUGCGUUCAGUAGGGGUGUUCUUGUCACCGAGUCAGUGUUCAUAUUAACGCUAACUCUGGAGGCAGUUACAUGCAUGCUUGCCAGGAUAAAGGCUUCAAGUUGUGUUUGAGUCUGCAUUAACUGAGUAAAUGCAGUGUAUUUAAGUUUUAAAGGUUGACAGGACAUAUUUCAACAUCCUUUUAAUAAAUCUGAUCAUAGUUUGUGAUGUAACCUGUUGCCAGGAAUGUCCACUAGCAAGCAUUUUCUGUAGCCUGAGGGGGGAAAAAAAUUAAACAUGGUAUCAGCAAAAAUAGUACAGGUGUCUUUGUUCACCGUGUUUUUCAUGGCUCCUUCAUGUAAAAUGGACUUUUUAACCCUCUUGCAUUUUGCUUUUGUUUAUAGUUUUCUCGUAGUAAAAAUAUUUGUAUUAUAUAUAUUAAAAGUUUUGACAACAUAUUAUAAAAAAAAAAGUAUAUUUUGGGAUUUAGUGCUAUUUAAACAGACCGCUCUUACGGUGAAUAAAAUCAAAUUGCUUCUAUCGAGUGUAAAAAAAAAUAAAGUAAAAUAUAUAUAUAUUCAUGGAAGUACUAUGAACUCUAAUUUUAACAAAUUCUAUAAAUAAAUUGGAAUGGCAGUGUAUUUAUCACAAACAACAAAUCAUGUUUUUCAGAGGAAAAAAACUUAAAAUUGUAAAGUUCUGUGACUGGAUGUGAAAACACAUGUAGUUUUCCAACAACUUUUAAUAGCUUUUAAGUGUUCUCCAGCAUUUUACAGUUUCUGAGUUUGAUAUAGCAGUAAAUUUUGAUAAACUCAGGCAUACUAAUGGGUUCAUUUUAAUGGAUCCAAAGCUGCAGUGUCUACAAGCAAUAAAAAACUACCUAGAAUACACUGUAAUUCAAUUUUAGUGCUUGUUAAUUAGUUUAUGUAAGAAACCAUAAGUUAUUAUUACAUAACUGUAAUUUUUGCAAGUGCUAUUUUAAGCAGUUGAUGUGGAAUUGGGUGCAUGUGACACAGCCAGUAUGACAGAGUUCUAGCGUUAUUCUGUUUACAAUAAACAAUCUGAAUUUAA